GUUGAAGAACAAAUAGUUACUAACUCAUCCCACCUGGCUCCAUUCUUCUCUCUCUAUAAGUUCUUCCAUCUCUUUCUUCUUCCUCUCACGAUACAGCUUCUAAGUUUCAACUGUGAAAUAAGCUCAAGACAAACUUCUGCAAACGAUAUUCCACCAAGUGUGAGUCAAAAAGAGAGGGGAAGAGACGGAGAGCAAAACAGGAUCAACAGAAGUUAAAAAAAGAUACAGAUAUGUCGACGAAGCUUCUACGUUCAUUAACAGAUGAAAAGGCAGAUAUGCAGAAACAAAUUGGAUGCAUGAAUGGAAUUUUCCAGCUCUUUGGAAGAGCCAAUAGUCACAACCACAAAAGGCUUCCUCCAGGCACAUGUCGCAGUAGUGAACCUGAAAUAGAGCAAAAUUAUACGAUGCAGAAAUCUCUGAAAAGCGUCCCAACGCAGUUCAGGAAAGAGAAGAAGCUAAUGACCAAUGUGGAAUUAUCAAGAACCUCAUGUUCAUCCUCGUGUUCAUCCUCUACUUUCUCAUCAGUAGAUUAUAAUAAAACAAGUCAAUCGGAACCAUCAUCAUCCUGCCACAGCAAUUUACCUGAAAUGACAUCUGUGGUCUCACCUCCAAAACAGCCAAACUCCUCGUUGCAGUUGUCUCGGCAAUCUGUAGAUCUUCGUGACAUAGUUAAGGAGUCCAUGUACAAACAGUCCCCUGGAUUAUCAGUUAAAACCAACACCACAGAAGAAAAGGCAUAUGAAGCCAUAAAGCAAAAGGAUUCUCCUCGGCCCCAGCAGCAACACAAACAUGUUCAAGCCGAAGUUGACAGACGUGAUGUAUCGCUUCAAGUUCUAAGUAAGCUUCGUGAUGGACCAUGGAACGCCAACAAAGAGAGGUUUAGUGCUUUGCCAUUGGUGCCAAGAGACAGUCCACGAUACUCUUAUGAUGAAACAGAAUCACGACGUAAAUUAAAAUCAACCACAAAACUCAAAGAGCUUCCAAGGCUAUCACUGGACAGCAGAGAACGCUCUCCCAGGAUAUCUUCUUCUGAAUGUAGAAAAAACCAAAUGCCGAGGAAAGAUGAGGAAUCUAGGGUACAUGGUCAAAUCAUAACCGAGAACCAAGAGCCAGGCAGUAACAAAAAACCAUCUGCAAUUGUAGCAAGAUUGAUGGGUUUUGAGCCUAUCCCAGACACUGCUCCAACCGAAGGUCAGGCAAUAGAAGUGAAAUCCUGCCUGCUUGAAGAAUCUGAAACUAUCUCACCAUCUUUAAAAGUUCUUGCUCGGAGCAGGCAAAGUACAGGUUCGGGAUCUCCAAAGGUUCACUGCAAUACGUCUGUCUCUCCUAGACUCAAAAAUGACAGCGUAUACAUGGAUUCAAUCUCGGGUUCAAUGUUUUCAGUUAAAAAAGCUCCAAGGACACAGAUAGACAGCAAUCAAGGCUCUCGGAGGCAAUCGAUGAAUUGCCAAGAAACAUCCACAAAGCUUCCACUAGCAUCUUCUUCUGUUUAUAGUGAAAUCAAGAAAAAGUUAGGUGAACUUGAAUUCAGAAAUGAUGGCAAGGAUCUCAGAGCUCUCAAACAGAUAAUUGAAGCAAUGGAAAGGAAAAAAGAGAGUUUAGACAGCAAAAAGAAUGAAGAGCAAAACCCAAAUUCUGAGUCUUGUACAAGUCAAAGCAGCUCCAACAACAGCUCAAAUCAGGCACCUGCACAGAGAAGGAGAUGUAACAGCCCAGUUUCACCCGUCAAGGGGUCGACUUCUCCUAAAAACCGUGGAACGCAAAUUGUCAAAGCCAGAUCAGCUAAGCUUAUUGAGAACUCUGUAAUUCCAGAUGACGAUAAAUCAUGUCUCCAGAAGAUAUGGUCUGGAGAGAAUGCUGAAAACAUAAAAAACUUUGCUGAAAGGCGAACAGCAAGAGAAUUUAGUCUUAGAAACAAUUGUCGCAGAGACUCAUCUGGGCCUCUACCUUAUAUUGAGGAAAAGAAAAUUGAUGAACCUGUAAAUUCGUUGCAGCAUCUAAAGGCUUCUCAACAGACAGGUAGAAAAAACCUUGCCAACUUUAGGAAGAGCUCUCCAAAUUUGAACCCAAGAAUGCCACAGAAAAAACAUGGGAUGGAGAAGCUGUCUGGUUUCGCCACCCAGUCAUCUGACUUGAAAAUCUCUCGAAUUCAAUCAAGUAAGCUGCCAACAGAACCAAGCUCCCCAACAAAAAGACAAUGCCAAAACUCUGCCAUUCAGCAUAAGAGAGAUGACCAAAUAAGAAGAUCACCAACAGGUCCUCGAAAUAUGAACAAAGGAGAUAGUAGAGGCUCUAUGCAAACACAAAAUGCUUUUCGGUUGGACGUGCAGAUAGACAGAAAAAGCAAAAGCAAAAGCACAUACUGUACAACGGAGAUUAUCAGCCCUUACAAGCCGAAGGACCCUAACAAAGGAGAUGCUAUAGCUAAGUAUGCUGGGGAGAGAUUGAUUACCGAACUCCCAGCUCCAUUAGAGCAACCGAGUCCUAUAUCCGUGCUUGAUAUUACAUUCUAUGAAGAUGACAACCCAUCUCCUGUUAAGAAGAUAUCAACCGUUUUUCAAGAUAAUGACAAUGUAAAUGGUGAUGAGUCUGAGUGGAUUUCAGGGCAUAUAGAUUGCUUACAGAGCAGCAGAGCCUCUAAGUUUGAUCAGAGAACAUUAAAUGAUGUCAGCCACUUGGUUCAAGAACUUGGACUACUGAACACAAGUCAAGAUAAAGCUGCAACAGAUCACCACAAAUCUCUUACAAAUCCAGAUCAUAGAUACGUUGCUGAGAUUUUAACGUCAACAGGUUUACUUAGGGAUCUAGGCUCCAGCACGACGAUGACAGGUAUUCAGAUCAAUCAAGCAGGACUCUUAGUAAAUCCAGAACUGUAUCAUGUUCUGGAGAAGGAUACUGAGGUUGCACUUGAACAAGUGGACAAGAAGAGUGUGAGAUCGACAGGAAGGGAAAAAGUGCAAAGGAGACUAGUGUUUGACGCUGUCAGUGAGAUACUUUUGGAAGGUUCCUUCGAUUUGAGGACAGUCCAAACCAAGAUGGGAGAAAGAAGAACGUCUGGAGAAAAGCUUUUAGAAGAACUGUGCACAAAACUGGAUCAACAACAAGCUACUCCAGACGACAGCCUAAACGACAUAGAUGAUGAAUUGAAAAGCAUCUUAAGGGCUGAUAUAAUGAAUAAACGGAAAAAUUGGACAGGUUAUAGCAGCCAACUUGCAGGACUAGUGUUAGAUAUAGAGAGAAUGAUCUUCAAAGACCUGAUUGGCGAGAUUGUGAGAGAGGGCUAGCAUUCCUCAACUCGUGCAUCCAGGACAAGACGGCAGGGAAUUAAUUUCCACCUAGCAGUCCGCAAUCUGCUUCUGUGUUUAUUCAUCAUAAUUCAUCUUCACCACCUCCUCCCUGCCCGCUGAAAGUCAGAUACAUAACAAGUAACUAUAAGGCAUAAUAGACCUAAUUCUUACUGCUUUACAGACUAGGUAUACAGAAUACAUUAGAUAAUAGCAUAGCUUUGUAAUUUAAUCUCAAGGACCUCCUCGAGGGUAUAUAUAUUUAUAUAUAAAUAGAAAAUUUCAUAUUAGUACUC